AUGAUACCCACUCGACUUGGUCUGCAAGGCCUACGGGUUCGACCUUCUCGAAAUCUUCUACCUCUACGUACCGCUCGAUCAACAGUCCGAGCAUUGACAGCCACGGCGCAACGAUUCCAGGAUGUCUUCCACGCUCAAACUACCGAACCUACCUCUUCUGCCAUCCUAAACUCAUUGAAGACGCCCUCUCGAAUACCACAAACUUUGACCGAGAAGAUUGUCCAGAGAUAUUCGCUGGGCCUGCCAGAAGGCAAGGUCGUGAAAUCUGGAGACUAUGUCACUCUCUCUCCACACCACUGUAUGACACACGACAAUUCGUGGCCCGUCGCUUUGAAAUUCAUGUCAAUUGGUGCCAGCAAGAUUCACGACCCGAAGCAGAUUGUUAUGACCCUCGAUCACGAUGUGCAGAACAAAAGCGAAACUAAUCUCAAGAAAUAUAAGCAGAUUGAAGAGUUUGCGAAGAAGCAAGGCGUCGACUUCUACCCUGCUGGACGAGGAAUUGGACAUCAAAUUAUGGUGGAAGAGGGCUAUGCAUGGCCAGGCACAAUGACAGUUGCAAGUGACUCUCACAGCAACAUGUAUGGAGGAGUGGGCUCCCUAGGCACAGCAAUGGUAAGGACAGAUGCUGCCAGCAUAUGGGCGACAGGCAAGACAUGGUGGCAAAUCCCUCCGAUUGCGAAAGUUACAUUUACUGGAGUUCUGCCAAAGGGUGUUACUGGUAAGGAUGUCAUCGUGGCUCUGUGUGGACUAUUCAACAAUGACGAAGUCCUGAAUCAUGCAAUCGAAUUUACCGGGUCGGAGCAAACGAUGCGAAGUCUGCCUGUAGACGAUCGACUGGCGAUUGCGAAUAUGACGACCGAGUGGGGGGCAUUGACAGGGUUAUUCCCUAUUGAUGGGAUGCUACAGGCUUGGAUGAGGGCGAAGGCUACAACUUCUGCUUUGUUCGAUUCGAAAGAUGCUGAGCCACGAUUCACACAUGCGCGAAUCGAUGAUUUGAUCCAGAAUCAAUUACAAGCCGACAAAGGAGCUACCUACGCCAAGUCGCUGUAUUUGAACCUUUCGACUCUUUCUCCCUAUGUUUCAGGACCAAAUUCCGUCAAGGUUGCUACACCCCUGAGAGAUCUGGAAGCGAAGAACAUCAAGCUGAACAAGGCUUACCUUGUCUCAUGCACAAAUUCUCGAGCAUCUGAUCUUGCAGCAGCAGCCAAAGUCUUCAAAGAUGCUGCUAAAGAUGGAACGCCAGCGAAGAUUGCACCAGGAGUUGAGUUCUACAUCGCAGCAGCAUCAAUACCAGAGCAAGAAGCCGCAGAAGAUGCUGGCGACUGGCAAGCACUUCUGGAUGCUGGAGCCAAGCCAUUACCUGCUGGCUGUGGGCCAUGUAUUGGUCUAGGGACUGGGUUAUUAGAGCCAGGAGAAGUAGGGAUCAGUGCAAGCAACAGAAACUUCAAGGGGCGAAUGGGAUCACCGGACGCAAAAGCUUAUCUUGCCAGUCCAGAAGUCGUCGCUGCAAGCGCACUGAGUGGGAAGAUCAGUGGACCAGGAUGGUAUGAGAAGCCAGUUGGUGUUGAGAAGGUCGUUCUCGGUGAAGGCAAUGGUAUUCCAGAGGAGGAUAAAGCCAUAAGUAUCGAGGAGGCUCUCGACAAGCUGAUUUCACAAGCAGAUUCUAUCAUCGAAUCUGCCGAACAGAAAAUGUUUGGUGAAGCCGAAGCUAAAGAGGAAUCUGAGGACGAACAGUUGACUGCUAUCCUUCCAGGCUUCCCAGAGAAAGUUGAAGGCGAGAUCGUAUUUUGCGACGCAGACAACAUCAACACAGAUGGUAUCUAUCCAGGAAAAUACACCUACCAAGACAAUGUCCCAGUUGAGAAGAUGGCCGAAGUAUGUAUGGAGAACUAUGAUCCUGCAUUCGGAUCUAUUGCUCGCGAAGGGGAUAUUCUCGUCUCCGGUUUCAACUUCGGAUGCGGUAGCUCGAGAGAACAGGCCGCGACAGCUAUCCUCGCUAAGAAGAUUCCUCUGGUUGUAUCAGGCAGCUUUGGGAACAUUUUUGCCAGAAACAGCAUCAACAAUGCCUUGAUGGGAGUCGAGGUACCUCGCUUGGUGCAGAGAUUACGAGCACAUUUCUCCAACAAAGAGGUGUUAGAGCAGACUGAUGUGAAGGAGCCAUCGCAGAACAAGGAUAGUUUGGAUAGUCCUCCACCAGCACAACAAGCCAGCCCAACGGCAGAGAAGAUGUUGACCAGAAGAACAGGGUGGAAGUUUGUAUGGGAUGUCAGGAGGAGCAAAGUUAUCAUCACAGAGGGUGACGGGGGAGAGACUUGGAGUCAAAAAGUUGGAGAGUUGCCACCCAAUGUGCAGGAGAUUAUCGCGAGGGGGGGCUUGGAGAAAUGGGUGAAAGCCGAGAUUGGCGAGGAUUUGUAG